GGGCGCCGCUUCCCCGGAGCCGCCGCCCCGACGCAGGAAGAGAAGUGUGACACCCAGAGAAGCCUAAUGGAGAAGCGCCCCAGCAGAUGGUAACAAAAAAUAAUCCAGAUGGGGUGCAGGUGUUGUAAGAUGAUACAAAGCUAUCUCUUUGAUCCAGCUCAAGUGCCCUCCCCUGGUUUUGUCAACGAAGUAAGCAACUGCAGGUUGGAGGAGGAUGACACGGUCAGGCUAAAAGGCACCCAGAACAGUGACGCUGAGGUGCCCAGAAAUGCCUUGCAUGGUGGGAGCCUGAGAAAGACUGAGAGCAGAGACAGUACAACUGGUCUACCUCACCAAGGCCCACUCCCCCAGGAGGCCUCUGAAGAGCGACGCUGUGUGGAAAAGCAUGGUAUUGUCAAUGGUAUCAGCCCCACUACCACUCAGCAGUCUCUCGGGAGUCCCAGGCCCCACCAGGUUGACAGUGAAUCCUGGGCCAACAGCCCCUGGGCCGUCACCAUAGACAGCACUCACCCGGCUCAACCCUUCCUGGAAGGAGAGGACUACAGGGAUCAAAGCUGCACGCCGCCCACCUCGGAAGGGACCCCGAUGGUGGGACAUGGAGAAGGCAGAGGCCCUGCUGAGGCCUUGGCAGUGGCAGGCCACACCCUACACAUCCCAGCCCCCGAUUAUCCCCAGCUCUGGAGCCCCCCGGCAGGCAACGCAGACCCUGAAGAAAAGGACUGUCUUUUUGAAAACCACUCAGAGGGGGAGCCCCUGCCCGGAAUUGACCCCCGCGUGAGCGAGCAGGGUUUGAGCUCGCCCCUCUCCCCGAGGAGAAGCUGGGACUCCCUGAGUGAAGCAGUGACCACAGAAGUUCUGGAUGUCCUCUUUAACGAGGGGGGCCCCACUAGCCCUCCGCCAGCGGUCGAUCCUGGAAGCGGGCGGGAGGACCCUCACUCCCACAGUGAGGACAGGGAUGUGGCAGAUGAGGACGCUGAGGUAGCAGAAGCCCUGGCGGCCUUAGAAGCUGCUACUGCGGGAGAAGACACGGAUGACGCAGAUUAGGGGAGGGGCGGGGUGAGGUCAGUGAGCCCGGGCGGGGAGAGAGAAGCAUGUGACCGCUCUGCCAGCCGCGUUGCCAGUACCUGCGCCACGCUGCCUGUUGUAAACAGCAUCUCUCUGUGUAGCUGGACUCUGAAUGCAUUCAGAGUGCUAAUCAAAACAAGAGUGGGCCUUCCGGUCCACGUCCGUAACAAAGGCAGACGUUGAGCAGCUUGCAUGCUGGCCCUGGAAGCUCCCCCAGAACAGCUGUCCAGAUGUGCAUGAGAAUGCACUGACACCCCACACUGGACCCCAGGGGCACAGAAACAUCGGCCGUUCUGUUUGAAUGUAUUACUUUACCUUGUUUUUGAGAGCCAAAUACUUCACCCAACCUAGAAAGGGUAACUACCCACUUAAAGUGCCUACUGUGUGCCAGAGCGUAACUUCAGGGACAGUCACCCAGGGAACUACUAACUAAGCACGUGCUGGACAUCGGGUUAAGCUCAGUGUCCUUCAGGGUGGAGCAGACUUGACCAGUGGACAAAUGGUUAGUCCUUCGCUGUGCUAUGAAAACAACCUGACCUUAACCCUUUUUUUUUUUUUUUUUUUUUCACUAUUACUUUUUAAUCUUUGGGAUACCGGAGGCUGGGAAAAUACUUGUUAGAACUAGCUUCGUGUUUUAGUUUCAAGUUCAUGAGUGUUUGGGAACAGCAACGCCAUUUAUGGAUGGGUUUGUGUCAUUAAAUGUCUGGUUCUCAUUAAAGCAAUUCA